AUGUUGAAUACGGAUCCGACAUUACAAAAUUUUCGCAUCAAUGUCAAAGGUGCAAGUAUCGAGUCGACGGGAAGUAGUCGCCAGCGUCGAAAGGCCGAUAAAAUAAAGAUUCAAGACUUAUCAACAAGUCAAAUUAUUCCCGAUGUGAAAGACAGUCAAAUUUUGAAAUUGAACGAUGUUAGUGUCUUCGGUAUAAAAGACUACUCUGGAAAUGUUCAAUCUGUGUAUGCCAUUCAAACAGAUAAUGCUAUUUACACGAUUGACAAUAGUCGAAUUGCUCGAAUCCAAUCUCUACACGAAACUUUUCUUUUCAACUAUGACAACACCAACAAUCAUUAUGAAGUGUUGGUUGUAUCAAAGAAUAAUUCAUAUCAAAUACCAGCAACUUACGACAUACCUAAUGUCACAUUUCCGACCCCUGUAUUUGAAUUACCACCAGAUGGAAUUGUACCAGAUUUCUUUACCGGAGUAAUCAUUAAAUUGACUAAUAAGAUUAGUGGUCGAUUAAUUAAGGAUGCCACUUUACAAAUGAAUUAUUUUGAUGCAAAUCGUGGCAAUAAAAGCUCUGUAAUGUUGAAUCUUGGUGGUGGACGAUAUUAUGUACCGUUACCUACCAAUGACACAUCAAUCGACUACUAUUUUGAUACACAGAAGCUACUUAUGACGAUUACUCAACAGAGCGAUGCAUGCAUACAAUUGAUGCAAGCCUAUCCAAUCUCCGACAUGUGUUCCAAAGUCCCAGAUUCGAUUAAGUCUUUUUGCUUGCUGAUAGCUCAAGAAAUGACUGUUAAGAUUCCAGAUACUCUACGUACAGUAUCCAUUUAUAUUUCCGAUGUUCCAUUGCAAGCUCGCUCAGUUGGUCACCUUAGUAAUUUCGAAAUCAUUGCUUACGUUCCCGGAGAAGAAUCAUCAAUAGUACCUUUGAAUACCAACAAUUCGAUUAGAUUGAAAAGACAGAUUCAAACGACUGUUGGCGACAUUAGUAUAGAUCCAAACACACUGAAUGAAUUUUCCAUUCAAAGCAGUGGUACACAAGGAGAAUGCAACGAACAAAGUGUGUCUGGAGGCGAUACACCUGAUGACAGAACAUUCAAUAUUGGGAAAUCAAAUACGAAAGUGGUAUUUACUUAUGGUACCUAUACUGUUAAAGAUAAAAUCGAUGUUUAUUACAUGAAUCAACCAGUUUUCUCAACUGGAUGCGUUGGUGCGAGUGGAAUGACUACUAUAUCAUUAGACGGUACGGAUACUCGAUUGCAAGUAAUUGUAUCUCCAAAUUGCGCUGGUGAAACUGGAACUGCUUGGUAUUAUACAAUCGAAUGCUUGACCACCUUAAUUUGUGAGGACAAUGUUUGUUAUUGUGGAGUUUAUCGUAGACAAUCCAGCCAAACGAGUGCACCCUCGAGCAAUGGCUGUGGAGGGCAGGGUUCACCUUGGAACUUCAUUGUUCAACCACUAGGUAGUGCUUGGGAAUUCACAUCUGCUUGUGAUGCACAUGAUAGAUGUUAUUCAACAUGCAACAAACUCAGAUCAGAAUGCGAUAAUAAUUUUCUUUCGGAUAUGAUGUCUUCCUGUACAACACAUUGGAAUGAUGAUCCUGAUCGACUUCGAGCUUGUCAAUGGUGGGCAGGAAAGUUUUAUGGGCGCGUACAUGCGAGUGGUGCUAGCUUCUUCGCUGCUGCCCAGGAAGAAGAUUGCGAUUGUACUUCGAAACGACGAAGACGUAGUGUUACAAACAACAAUGCAAUGUUGACGACAUAA